AUGGGAGUAGGUAAAAGUCAGUUCACUGAAGAAGAACUACAAGAUUACCAAGAUUUGACAUAUUUUACGAAAAAAGAAGUUUUGCAUGCACAUCAAAAGUUUAAAGCACUUGCUCCAGAAAAAGUUGGUCAUAAUAGAAAUGCAAAGCUCCCAAUGUCUAAAAUUUUACUAUAUCCUGAAUUAAGAGUAAAUCCUUUUGGAGAUAGGAUUUGCAAAGUUUUUAGUUCUAGUCAAGAUGGAGAUUGUACUUUCGAAGACUUUUUAGACAUGAUGUCCGUUUUUAGUGAUGCAGCUCCAAAAGCUGUAAAAGCAGAACAUGCUUUCAGAAUAUUUGAUUUUGAUGGGGAUGACAUGCUUGGCAUAGGAGAUUUAAGGCAAGUAGUUGAUAGACUUAGUUCGCCACUAAGAUUAAGUGAAACAGAUAUACAACAAGUUCUUCAAUGUAUCCUUGAGGAAGCAGAUCUUGAUGAUGAUGGAGCACUUAGUUUUGCAGAAUUUGAGCAUAUUAUUGAAAAAAGUAGUGAUUUUUCUAUGUGUUUUUCUAUACAUUUAUGA